UCGAGUCUUCAUCUCCUUUCUCCUUUCUCCUUUCUCCUCUGUCUGCUGCACUUUGAAGUUUGAACCCAACUCCUAAAUAUUUUCUUCUUCUUUUCCAUCAUCACUUCUCCUUCUUGUUCUUGGUCUCCCUUUGCAACAAUGAAACCUCUUUGUUGUCUUCAAUGGAUGUUCAUCUUGGCUCUUAUUGCCAUGGCAACCCACGUUCCUACAUCUGUAGGUGCCGCUGAUAACUUUGAUUACUUGGCGUGCAAGAACACUUUAAGCUGUGGAACCGUCAACCAACUCACUUACCCUUUCUGGGGUCAAAUUGACAACACUAACAACAGGCCAUACUAUUGCGGUGAGCCUAACUUGGAGAUCACAUGUGAAGAUAACAAUAACAAUACCAAUAACGGGGUCCCAAAGUUCACAGUGGAUUCUGUCAAAUACAGGAUUCUUGAUUGGGAGUGGGACAUCAGUAAACAGAAUCUGACAGUUGCUAGGGACGAUUACUUUAGUACUAGCAUUGAUUUCUGUUCAGGAGAUUUCAGCAACAACACCUUGGAUGAAACCAUAUUUCAAUAUGAUGAUAACAGUGUUGUUAAUAUCACACUCUUAUACAAGUGUUCUUCAGAAACAAAGCCUUCUUCGGAUCAGUUUACGUUUGUUCAAAGUUGCAGCAGCGGUAGUGUCUACUAUGCUGAACAAGAUGAUAAUGAGGCACUGCCUUAUUAUGGAGGUUGCAGCACUGUUAUUUUUCCUGUUUCAAAGGCCCUAGCUUCGGCUUUUGCUAACAGUGCCAAUAACCCCAUUACUACUAUAAUUCAGCAAGCGUUGCAAGGUGGUUUUGUCUUGAAAUUAUUGCCUCAAAUCAAUGAUCAGUGUAGAGGAUGCACUAACUCAGGUGGCAAUUGUGGCAGCAAUGAUGGACCUUUCACCUGUUUCUGUAAUGAUGGAACUCAUUCCAACUCUUGUUCAUCAUUAGGAUCAUCUUCAAAGUGGAACUGGCGGCUUAAGACAGCUGUAGGUGCAAUUGCAGCUGGUGUUGGAAUUAUUGUAGUCUUUGCCGUGAUCAUUUGCAACUGCAAGAGAUACUUCAGUUUAACACAAAGGAGGUUGAUCUUUGAGAAAACAGGGGAAUCUGAUGACCAGAAUGUGGAGGAUUUCAUCACAACUUAUGGCUUUCUGGCCCUAAGGAGAUAUAGUUUUUCAGAAGUGAAGAAAAUCACAAACUCAUUUUGUGAUCAAUUAGGCAAAGGGGGAUAUGGUGUUGUGUACAAAGGGAAGUUAUCUGAUGGUCGUCCUGUUGCAGUGAAAGUGAUAAAUGAAUCAAAAGGGAGUGGAGAAGAAUUCAUAAACGAAGUUGCUAGUAUUAGCAGAACCUCUCAUGUGAAUAUUGUCUCGCUUUUAGGAUUUUGCAAUGAGAGAAACAAAAGAGCACUUAUUUAUGAGUUCAUGUUUAAUAGCUCAUUGGAUAAGUUCAUUUAUGGAAAUGGAUCUCCAACUCCUACUUGCAAUUUGGAUUGGAACACAUUGUAUCAAAUUGCAAUUGGCAUAGCUCGUGGGCUAGAAUAUUUGCAUCUAGGAUGCGGGACAAGAAUUUUACAUCUUGAUAUUAAACCUCAAAAUAUUCUUUUAGAUGAAGAUUUUUGUCCUAAAAUUUCUGAUUUUGGACUAGCUAAGAUAUGUCAAAAGAAAGAGAGUAUUGUGUCCAUAUUGGGAACAAGAGGAACUAUUGGAUAUAUUGCACCUGAAGUAUUUAGUCGCAUGUAUGGUGGUGUUUCGCACAAAUCUGAUGUAUAUAGUUAUGGCAUGUUAAUUCUUGAAAUGGUUGGAGGAAGAAAAAACUACGAGAGUGGACGGUCAAAUUCCAGCGAGAUGUACUUUCCAGACUGGAUUUACAAAGAUCUUGAGCAAGGUAACAUACCAUCUCAUAUGCACUCUCUUGUGACUGAUGAAGAAAAUGAUCUGAUAAAAAAAACCAUUUUAGUGAGUUUAUGGUGCAUUCAAACAAAUCCAUCAGAUAGACCAUCAAUAAAUAAAAUAGUAGAAAUGCUAGAAGGACCACUACAGUCAAUACCAUUUCCUCCUAAGCCUUUCUUGUAUUCUACUUCAAGUUUACCCUUACAAAUUUCACAUAUAUCUUCCAGCAACAUGGAUGAUGAGUCCAAUUCAAUGACCACAGUAAAAGAUGGCUCCCUAGAAUCAAAGGAAGCAAAAGAAAGAAAGGCUGUGAUAAUUGGUGAUGAUUUUGAUCCUUGAUGUUUGAUUGAGAUGAGAGAUAAUUGAUGAUAUUAAAUUUGUUAGCUAUAAUUAUCCAAGUGUAAGAUAUAAAUAGAACAGUUAUGUAAAAGAUAUUUACUCUGUUUAAACAUAUUUAUUUAAGACU